AUGUAACUUAAUCAGCAAAUUCAUAGAAUAAAUCAUCAUAGUUUAUACAAUAAUAGCAAUAAUUAAGGUGAUCAAUAUAUACCCAAAGAUAUAUAUUAAUAUUGUAAUAAUUCAGGAAAUUAUAGUAAUAGAAUUUUUUAAUAUGAAAAUGAAAAUAAAUAUCUAAAUAAUAUUAAAAAUUAAAAUAAUAAACGAGAUUAUAGUCAUAAUAAUAAUAUAAAUAAUAAUGAUAGAAAUUAUAGAAAUAGUAAUGAUAGAAAUAAUAAUUAUAGAAAUAAUAAUGAUACAAAUAAUAAUUAUGAUAGGAAUAAUAAUAAUAAUUUUCCUUAAAAUAUUAAUAAAGAUUUUAAUUAUAAGAAAUAAAAUAUAUAUCCAGAUUAUCAAAAUAUUGUUUAGCAAACUAAUAGUUUUGAAAAUAAAAAACCAAUUAAAAUUAUAAAUAAUUAGAAGAAAAAACAAAAAGAAUAAGAUGAAACUUAAUCAAAAAAAGACGAAAUAAGAGAAGAAAAUAAAUCUGAUAAAUCCAUAAAUAAAAGCUAAAAAAAUUAAAAGGAAGUAAAAAAAAACAAAAAAAUUCAUGAAAAUGUUAAAGAUGAUGAAGAAGUAGAUUAAAAAAUAGAAGCUAUAUAGAAUGAUGAAGAUGAUGAAGAUGAUGAAGAUGAUGAAGAUGAUGAAGAUGAUGAAGAUGAUAAAGAAAAUGAAGAAGAUGAAGAUGAUAAAAAAUAUAAAAAAGAUGAAGAAGAUAAAAAAGAUGAAGAAGAUAAAAAAGAUGAAGAAAAUAAAAAAGAUGAAGAAAACGAAGAAGAUGAAGAAGAUGAAAAAGAUGAAGAAUAUGAAGAAGAUGAAGAAGAUGAAGAAGAUGAAUAAGAUGAAGAAGAUGGAGAAGAUAAUGAAGAAAAUUAAGAAGGAGUAAUUUUUAAAUAAUUAAACGAGAAAAAUAAUAACCAUUAAAAGAAUUAAGAAAAACCAAAAUAUCCUGAAAAUAUGUUAGUAGUAGAAGUUAAAGAAUUUUAAAAUUAUGGUUUGAAAAUUGGUAUUUCUUUUGAUUUUUUGGUUACUAAAAA